AUGGGAGACGAUCCGGCGCGGUUAUAUCGCUUGGACGGAGUAGCCCAUAUAGCUGGGGUCAUCAACGAAGAGCCUCAGCGAUGCAUCAGGAGCAUGCGGCGGCAGCAGGACAUGGUCCUGGAUGACAGAUACGUUCCGUACCUGCAGAUGGCUGGUCUUUACCAUCUUGCAAGGUUGAACGAUAGAUGGUUCCGGUUGGACGAGGCCCUUGACGUGGCAUACCAGCUGGGUUUGCCAGUGGACGGGCGUUACGUCAGCGGCUGCCUAUCAGAGUUCCAUAUAUACAUCGAGGGUGGCCGUCCAGCCUGGGUUUGGUUCGAGGAGUUGUUUGGAGUGGUACCUCCUCCUAGCCAGGUUCAGAAGUACGCGGUCAACUGCAGCUGGUUUCAGGAGACAUUUGGUGAGUGCCCGGAGGGAGCUGAUGAGGAUACUGUGCGUCGUUAUGCCCGUGCGUACAUCAUGAUGUUGUUGGGCACGCAGCUUUUUGCGGACAAGUCGGGCAACCGCGUUCACAUCAGAUGGCUUCCGUUUGUAGCUAGGCUGGAGGAGAUGGGGACCUACAGCUGGGGUUCUGCAGCACUGGCAUGGUUGUACCGGUGCAUGUGCCGUGUGGCGAACAGAAAUGUUAUCAAGCUAGCGGGCCCACUUCAGCUACUUCAGUCAUGGAUUUUCUGGCAAUUUCCUCGGUUUAGGCCUGCAGGAUUUGAGACGUUCAGCUGGCCACUGGCCUCGAGGUACUUCCCUAAUCUUUGUAGAUGGAGGUAA